AUGAUCUUCUAUUACCUCACUGAUAAUUCAAUCAUGUCCGAUUUCUCCACCCCCUCCUGCUCUAACUCACUGUCAGGAGUAGAUAUUCCUGCUCCCAAUGCAGAGAUUCAAAUUGAUCGCCCUGCAGAUCCUCAAGUCGACGAUACUCCAGCCGAUUCCAAUCUCUUUUUGGAUUACGAACUUCUGACGUCUUCCGACUAUUUGCAGAGCAUUUCCCCAUUCACUACAAAAUUAGUUGAGAUUGUUAUGGUCGUUCAUCUCGUGAAGGGAUCUGAAAUUGUCACCUGCAAAAAUGUCGUUCACAUCGAUGGUGCCAUUCCCAAGCAAGUCUCAGAUCGCUUCAACUCAGGAACUACUCCUUUUGAAUUGGUCAUCCAGUCAAAUACAGUCAUUAAUGAUUUGGGAAAUUUGAAAACUCUCCCACCUUCUCAGUCCAAUAUCGCUCCUGAAGUUGUUCCUUUAAUUGGACUUUCAAAGUACAAGAAAAUUGUUGCUGUCAAAGGUUUUGUUAAAACUCCUUGGGCUGUGAUUGAGAAACAGACUGACAGCACAAAUACUUGCUUCGGUUCCAUUGCAGCUGACAAAUUCUUCGUCGAUGUAAAAAUAUCUGAGUAUCCUCUUGAUUAUGUUUGUGAAUUUUCCAAAGGGCAACAUGUUCAAUGCAUCGGAUCCGUCAUCAGAACUUUUACCUCGUUUUAUUUUUGCGUCCAAGAACCUGUUUGUAUCACUUUGGUCGAUGAUCAAGUGGUGUCACUCAAGGACUUACUGGUAUGUAAGCCACUUAUUGUUGCCAGCGAUAAUGAUGCUGCCGGCCCCUCCAAGAAAUUGAAGAGAAAUGAAUUGCUAAAGAAAUUCCUGAAAAAAGAUUGAAAUAUUCAGUGGAGAUCUUCAAUUUUAUUCAAUUCAUUCAUUUAAUUCUUACAAGUAACCUCUCAUUCUUUUCAAAUAAUGAUAAAAAAUAUAAAAUUCACAAUAGAAACCAAUAAUACAAAGG